GUUUACAGCAAACAGCGUGUGCUAGUAUUUUCACCAUGUUCGAUUAUUUUAGGUUAUUUAAAAGGUAACGUUUCAUUUUGUUUUUGAAAGAUAUUUUGUUGUUGGUUUUCUUCAAAUCUAUAGAAAGGCACCAAGAAAAUUUCUUUGAGGCAAAUAAAAGAAAUCAGCUAGUCCAAGUAAAUUCUAUGCUCUUAGCAUGCUUUGCUGAAACACAAUGUCACCUUGGCAAGGCACCCGCUUUCCUUUCAAAUGGCAUCUCAAAAGACAAUGAAAUCAGCUGAAGUCUUUUACUCUGUAUGAAAACACAACACGAGGGGAAGCCGUAUAAACAAUAAACUAUUUUGCGGCAACCUGACUCAAACACAAACGGGAGUUGUUUGUUUUAUUUCAUAGAUGUCAUCAGCUUGUACGUGCUUGUUUAUUCGCUGUUUGUAGACUUUGUAGCUUAUCCCAACUUUAUGAAUGCUAAAAUGUUUGAGAAGUUUCACACUGAUUCAAUAUAACUUCAAAGGGAAGCAGUUGAAGUUUCGAAAAACAAUCUCUUUAUGCUUUCAAACUGACUGAGGCAAUGGAGCUGCAAUUGAUAAAAGGAAAACAACCCAAGGAAAAAGGUUCACCAACCAGAAAAGAAGUCGCUUACUCAAAAUUACUGAAAAGUUCUUGGCGUAUGACCAGGCCUUCCAGACCGUCUACAUCGUCAGUGGGGAAUCAAGGACGGAGAUGUUUGAGAUCGCCUCUUCAUGAAGCCAUCUUAGCUCACGAUGUUCCUGGUAUAGAAAGAAUUUUAAGCAAUUCUGUAGGAGAUUAUAUUGAUAGUUUCGACGAAGAAGGGAUGGCACCACUGCAUCAAGCAGCCAAACAAGGGCUGUGUCAAGUUAUACCAUCCUUGCUGAAUCACGGUGCUUCAGUGAACCUGAAGAAUGUGGACGGUAGCACAGCUUUACACGUAGCUUUGAGGUACAGCCGGGAAGAUAUCGCGUUGGCAUUAAUAAAUGGUGGAGCAGAUGCUAGCUUGAUUGAUUCAAGAGGCCUGAAUUCUUUGCAUACUGCUGCCAAGGAAGGUUUACCAUCGAUAGUUCGUAAACUUUCAGAAGAAGACCUCGUUGAUGUAGAUGCUCGAGAUAAGAAUUUGAAUACAGCCUUGCAUCAUGCAGUCGUGGAAAAUGACGUUCAAUCCUGCAAUAUUCUGCUCGAGAAUAAAGCAUCAGUUGACAUUUGCAAUGAAAUGGGGGAGACGCCUUUACAUAUUGCAGUUAGUGAGGACUGCACUGAUAUUAUAGAUCAUUUGAUUGAGACAAAGAGGGGAUUGCAAGGUGCAUCAGAUACCAAGGAUGAUAAAACUUCAAUUGAAACUUUCUUAAAUAAACCUCGAAAGGACAUGAAGACGCCUGUAUUUUUGGCAGCAGAAAUGGGGCAUGUCACAGCUAUGCAGAAAUUGAUUGAAGAAGGAGCUGACAUAUUUGUUGAAAGUUCGAACAAAACAACCUUACUUCACCUCAAUGCGUCAGCAGGAAAUGAAAACGCCGUCAGGUUUUUAUUGAAGAAGGGUAUCUCAAGCAAUACAGUAAAUAACAAACGGAGAACUCCUCUGCAUGAGGCAGUACGAUUUGGCCAGCUGAGUAUCACAGAAAUGCUUUUAGAUGCUAAAACUGACAUUGAACAGCAAGACUUUGAAGGGUGCACGCCGUUUAUGCUGGCAGCCAAGAACGGGUACAUAAGCAUCGCUAGUGCUCUUCUAAAACACGGUGCCAAAGUAACAGCAAAGGAAUUGAAGCUGAAGAAUGCAUUACACUUUGCGGUUGAAAACGGAAAUUUGGAAAUGGCAAUGUUUUUGGUAGAAAGAUGUAAGAAGCUGAUUCACGCCAAAGACGAAGGACAGCACAGUCCGGUGCAUUAUGCUGCACGUUCAGGCAAUCUUGAGAUUCUAAGAGUCUUCAAAAGCCACUCGAGACAGCUGUUUGAUACAGACGAUACUGGGGAGACAGCUCUUCAUAUAGCAGCAAGAUACGGUCACGAAUCGUGUGUGAACGAACUAUCAGAAAAUGCAGAAGACACGAUAAUCAACGUAACUAAUCCACAAGGAGAAACACCACUGCAUAUAGCCGUCAUUAACAGACAAAUGGCCGUUUGCAAAGUCUUAUUGAAGCACAAGGCUGUUGUAGAUUGCAAGGAUAAGAACAAUUGGACGCCAUUACAUCACGCAACAACCCACGAUGAUGCAACUGCAGUAAAACUCCUGCUGAAACACAGGGCAGAGAUCGACAGUGAAGAUAACUGGGGAAACACUUCUCUUAUGACUGGGGCCAAAGCCGGCAAUGUUGCUGCUGUUGUCAUAUUGCUUCAGCAUGGUGCUCGGGUGGAGCUUACCAACCAAGAUGGCGACACUUUCCUUGAUAUUGCUAUUGACUUUCGUAAAGAAGCUGUUUGCAAAGCAGCUUUGGAAGACGAUAGAUGGAAGGAAAUCCUGACAAGUAAAGAUCCAAAUGGACGAAAUUUCAUUGAUAAACUUGUGGAGAAAUUUCCUAAUUUGGCUGAAAUAAUUCUGGAUCGAUCUACUAUGUUCUCCGACCAUCACCCGGAACACCAUGACUUCUCUGUUACCUUUGAUUACCAGUUCCUGGAAGAGGAACCAGAAUCGCAAUCUCUGAUGACAGACACAAUAGCUGUCCUGACAAAACAAAGAAACAAGCUUUAUUUUGCGCCAAAACUUAUGGCGAAGCAUGGCCGCGAAAGCAUGAUGGCUCAUCCUAUUACUGCAGAUCUAUUUGCUACAAAAUGGAGGCGCAUCUGCAGAUAUUUCUACUAUGCCAGUUUUGUGAUAUAUCUCUUCUACAUUAUAUCGAUGACGUACCUUGUCAUGAAGGAAAAUAGCACCUUUGUUAAAGUCGCUGACCAUCGUGCAAGAAGGAACACAUCUUCUUCAUCUAAGGACAGUCGCCUAACAGAGCUGAUCAAUACCGCACCAUCAUCAAAAAACUAUGGCAAGGUCAUUGGCAGUCUCAUUCUUGCCUUUUGCUGUUGCCAGCUUUGUAAAGAACUACUGCAGAUUAUCGUCCUUCGUUGGAAAUACUUUAUGAGCUUUACAAACUACCUUGAACUGUGUUUGUAUUCAGUCAAUUUCUACUACAUUGCCAUAUUUUUCGCGAUUUCUGUAGUCAACAGAAAGUUAUCCGAAAUUGGAGUCAUCUGCAUUUUCCUCGGUUGGACAAAUCUGCUUCUUUACCUUCAACGAGUAUCGAUGUUUCGGCUGUACAUUGUUAUGUUCAUCAAGGUUUCAGUGACUAUCAUCAGACUCCUGAUUGUGUUUGGAAUAAUCAUCCUGGCUUUCGCGUUCACAUUUUAUCUGCUGUUCAUCAGGCAAACUACCUAUCGCUCACCACUAGCAAGUACCGCCAAAGUGCUCGUCAUGAUGACAGGAGAGUUUGAUUUUGAUGAUGCAAUAUCAUCGAAGCUUGGUCAAAAAGAGCCCAAAACCAAGUUUCCAUUUGUUCCAUAUCCGAUACUGUCUUACGUCAUAUUUGUCAUCUUCGUGUUUCUGGUAGCAGUCGCAUUCACAAACUUAUUGAUAGGCUUGGCUGUUGGUGACAUCGAUGCGAUCCGCAAGAUAGCAACAGUUAGCAUUUUUGAGCAACAGCUAGAGUUCAUUGAAAGUAUUCAAGGGAUUGUGCCAAAGUACAUACUAAAAAAGCGCGUCUAUAUACCAGCCAACACAUACAUGGUGAACAGAAAAACUACUUUUCAAAGGUGGAAAGAAACCUUGCUUCCUGAUUCAACUGACGAAAAUCUGAAGAAGCUUCGUAUGAAGUUGCUCGAGUUUGAUUCCAGACGAGUCUCUGGAGAGCAAAACAGCGCUGAAUUCAUUCAUAACACGGAAUCCGAAAGACAGACUCACAUGGAAGAUGUCUUUCUUUAGUGUGAAUAUUGAUCUAAGAAAACGUUGAAAGCCGCUAUGAAAUUGUUCUCUGUUUUGUCAAUUCAGAAAACAAUAAUAUGAUAUGUUGCAAUCAAUUCUAUCGUGAUUUUGCCAAUGAAGCAUAUAAAACAUGGGCUAAUGACAUAUCUAAGACACGUUUAUCUUAAAAACGUUUUAAAUCAUGAUGGAUUUGAAAUAGCAUCGAUUACCAAUUAUGCCACCGAAUAAAAAAAGUGCCUUCUUUUUUGCUUCAAUACAUAAUAUGUUUCUCCAUUGCAAUCCUUUUUUGAAAAAACAUCGGAACUUUUUGUCUAUAGUUCAUAUUUUUCAAGGAAGCAAUGCUUAACUGUAGAAUGUUUCGAAACUUUGAAUUGAUUCUAUAAUUAACCAUACGGGCUUGCUCGUGUUACAUAUUCAUUGCUCACGUAAGUUUGAUUAUCAUAUCUGAUGCAGGGUUGGUUAGACAAGUGAAGUGGCCAAGUGGAUGUAACGUUUUCUCCAAAAACACCUCUUUCCUGUUUUAUGAUCCAUGUCACCCAAUCAAUGGUUUUUAGGAACAAUGGAAUUUUCUUACAUCAAAACCCGACUUUCUGUUACUGGCUAGACGUUUAUUUGUGUUGUUUAAGUUAAUGGUUCUUUGUGUAUUCCUUGAAACAUCUCCUUACAUAUGCUAUUGCAAAAGGUUUUUAAGCAUAUAAUUGUAUGUGUAUAAACUUUGCUAGGAUAACCACUUAAUCCUAUGUAGGUAGUUCCCUAAUCUUAAGGCAUAAAUACUAUUACAAUUUUCUUCCUCACAUUGAAAAUGUCUUUCUUUAUUGUAAGCCUUAAUGCAUGAAAUGGUUUAGAGCAAAAGACUGUGAAUUUUAGUCAGUUCUCUUUUUAGGCGAUUCAGGGAGCAUUUGUCAUUUACUUCAUCAAAUUCCAUGAUGACUCUGUGUAUCAAAACAAGUACAGCAUAACAUUUGCAUGGGGAUGAUACAUGAUAGACGUUUAUGAAAGAAAUUUCUGAUCUUGAUUUUACAACUUCUUGAUCAUGUUUUCAUUUUGAUCUUGAUGAGUCAAUUUUCAUUUUGCAGCUCAAUAUUUUUCCUCAAAAACUUUGUAAGUUCAAACUUUCAGCGGCAUUAAAGAACUCAAAAGUGUUUUUAAAUGUCCCAAAAACUUGUUUUUCUGGUGUGGCUGACUUUCUAAUUGAUAAUUUUGAUUUUUCCUAGUUCCUUAGUUUCAUAGUUUUUUGUAAAAUCUCAUCAAAAGAAAUUCUCAUUUAAAGAAAUUCUAAGAUGUACUUGGAAUAGUAUCUAACACCGAUUGUGUCACUGAAUAUACAAAAGUGCAAAUAUCAGCUUUGGAUUCUCGAUUGCUAUCCUAUUUCAAAGUACUUAAUGUACAUCUGAACUUUUUGUUUGUAUUUCCAUAAAAAGAGGCAAAGCUUUAACGUAAAAUGCAUCAAAACUUGAUUCUAUUAAAAGCCACACGAGCUUGCUCGCGUUACAUAUGAAUUGCUCUCUAAUAUAAAGGCCUAGAUACUGUUAAAAUUUUCUUCCUCGCAUAAAGAUGCAUAGCAUUUACAGUCUUGUGAUCGGCUAGAUUUGUUUAAUCCGCAGCUAAGAAGGACACUUUCUUGUAAUCAUAUUUACUUAACCAGAUGGAAAUUUACCUUAUAACUUAAGAAUGAUCAAGUAUAUCUUUUGGUCAAAAGAACCGGUUAGAUUUAAGCGAUUUUCCAUCAGCACUAUUCGAAGUCUGAGACAUCUAGAAAAUCAAGACAAAACAAGUUUCAUCACAAAAGACGUCGAGAACAGAAAGAUCUUGCAAAUUUUCGUCUUAAAAAAUUGAAUGAAAGGGCCAAAGAGAGUUAUAUCGUCGUGGAUCUUGGCACAAACCAUCAUGAUCACGUACAAAUGCUUAUUAGAUGUUGGUCUAAAGUGAAAUUAGUCAGUGUUUCUCCCUAUUGAAAUUUCACUGCAUAGACCUUUACAAAAUUUUCACUACGUGAAUCAGCCUGAGAGGCUUUCAUAUGUUACUGCUAUCAACACAAUGUUUACCUGGGCCUUUCUUAAAGUUCUUGCGCAACCGGCAAACGACCGGCCUAAUAUCGUACUGCAUGAAAAUGCAAAACAUAGCCAAUUGCUCAAGACAACUGCCGCUUAGCAUGCCGGGGGCAAGAGCUUUUAAAGAGUACCUUAUCGGGAUAGCUUCCUAACUCUUCUUCUGUGACUGUUACUACUAAUGUGUUUUCCCUGGUCAAGUACUGCCUUCUCUAAAUCCUCAAAUUGUCAAAUUUCUCCUGUAUAAAAUCAUCAGCCGCAAUGUCCUUCUUGCACACAUUCCAUUCAUUCCCUCCUUUGUAUCCCCUCUCUACUCUUUUCUUCUACAAAAAAACUGUAUCUUGACUUUCCUACUGUAAUCUCUAUCUUCAGCUUUCAUUCACCAAUUCCUGACAGUAUUCAAUCUUGUAGUCGCCAUAGUAAAAACUUCUUUUAUAAGAACCAGUAAAUUGAAGUUCAGGCUGGCUGCUCUUAAUUAUUCGAAAAUUUCAAGCUGGAUUGUUCUCAAUUUGUUCUUGAAUUAUUUGGGUGUAAGCAGUGCAAUUGCUAUUGCGCUCUGGAGAAGUGUUUAAGCCUCGCUUGCAAAAAAAGUGAGCUAGACAAUUUUUAAAAUUCACCGAAGAAGCUCCCAUGGAUGGCAAAAAACUCUUCAUUUUUGAAUUGCAACAUUGUUUAAAAUUACAUUCUACAAUAUCUCAGCAUCAUCUUGUUCUUGAUUUUUUCUUAGCUUUUGGUCAAUUUGGAGGCUUCUCUACUUAUAA